AUGAAGGUAAACUACAGAACAUGCCAAAGGCUGAGGAAGACCACCAUUCAGUAUGUACCACAGGAGGCAGAAGGAAAUCCUCCAUCUUCUGAAGAAGGUGUAAGCCAGGAAACAGAAGGAAACCUUAGAAAUGGGCUGACUCAUCCUGUCCAUGGAUUUAAAGAGGACAGUCCUAUGAGGCAUUUGGACCCUGAAGAAAUGCUAAGAGGAGUAGAUGAAUUGGAAAGGCUUAGGGAAGAAAUAAGAAGAGCAAGAAACAGGUUUGUGGUGAUGUAUUAG